AUGGACGAAGCACAUGGGGCUGGGGCCGGGAAGAGGAAGCGCGUGGACUUUAACAAGCCGCUCAAGUUCUGGUUGAUCUUCGUCUCGCUCUGUUUCUCCUGCUUGCUCUCCGCUCUGGAUUUGACCGCCAUCUCCACCGCUCUCCCCGAUAUCAUCAACGACCUCCAGGGGGAAGACUAUAUUUGGGUCGGAUCGGCCUACGCGUUGACCUCGACGGCUUUUCUUCCAUUCUGCGGGUCCAUGGCUAAUAUCCUCGGUCGCCGAAGCACGAUGAUGCUCUCCCUCGUCAUGUUCAUGCUCGGCUCCGGUCUGUGUGGAGGGGCGAGGUACGUGAGCUCGAUGGACAUGUUGAUCGCCGCGAGGGCCGUGCAGGGGAUGGGCGGUGGUGGGAUCAUCGCGAUGACCGAAAUCAUCGUCGCCGACAUGCUGCCCCUAUCAGAACGAGGCGUAUUCUCUGGUAUCAUCGGUUGCGUCUGGGCUUUCGCCAGUGCCAUCGGCCCGCUGAUCGGAGGUGCCCUAGCUCAAGAAUGGCAAUGGCUCUUUUUCAUCAACCUUCCUCUCGGUCUCUUUGCCCUCGGUCUCGUCUGGGCGUUCUUGGACAUCAAAUCACCCAAGGACGACCUGAAGACGAGGUUGAGGCAGAUGGACAUCAUCGGGAACGUCUUGAUCAUCGGAGGGACGACUGCGGUCAUCUUGGGGAUCGUCUGGGGUGGAGCGCAUCAUCCUUGGGGCGCUUACCAGGUUUACGUACCCUUGGCUGUUGGUAUUAUCGCCACUUUCGGCGCUGUCUUGUACGAUUUCCGAUGGGCCGUCGAUCCUACCAUCCCUUUCACCAUCAUCAACAACCGGACCUCGAUCUCAGGUUACAUCCAGACCUUUUUCCACGGAAUUGUGACGAUCAUCAUCAUCUAUUAUCUCCCGGUCUACUUCCAAGCGAUCCAAGGAUCGAGCCCCGUCAGGUCUAGCGUGCAGACCUUCCCGCUCUCCUUGACCAUCGCCCCGUUGGCCAUCAUGACCGGUGCCGCUGUCGCCAUCAUCGGAAAGUACAACUGGUCGAACUGGGCUGGAUGGGUGAUGAUGACCACCGGAGUCGGCUUGUUGGCGCUGCUCAAGGAAGGCAGCUCGGUUCAUAUGUGGGCUGGGUUCCAGGCCAUCGCGGGAAUUGGCGCUGGAAUGCUCUAUUCGGGGCUCAAUUUCCCCAUCCUUGCGCCAACUCCACCCGAUCUCAACGCUCCCGCCCUCGCGUUCUUGACUUUUGCGAGGAGUUAUGGACAGGUCUUUGGGGUUACUAUCGGAGGUACACUGGAUCUGACACUGCAGCUCAAAAAGAAGCUGCCUGUCGCGUUUGGCGCUCAAUUCGGUUCCGCCCCCGAUCUCGCCUACGCGGCCAUCCCGGUCCUUCACACCCUCUCCGAACCCAUGAAGACCGACGUGAUCCACGCGUUUGUCGUCUCGCUCCGACUCGUCUGGCUCGUCGCCAUCCCGCUCUCGGCCGUCGGUUUGCUCGCCAACUUUUUCUGCAAAGAGAUCCCCAUGCACAAGCACGUCGACGAAAAGUGGGGUCUCGCCGAACAAGCCAAGGCUGAGAACGAUCAAGAGAUGGGCAACGUCCCGCCGACUCCCAUCGUUCCCAUCCUCAAGUCGUCGCCCUCGACCGGAGCUUCGGUCGGGUUGGCCUACUAA